AUGAAGAUCACAGCUGCUAGUUUCCUUUUCUUUAUUGGCGUAACCAAUGCCUUUGCCCCUCAACCUGUGGCAAGACAUCAAUCAUCACAAUUGAACCUCUUCGGAGGCGGCGGGGGUAACAAGGAUGGUGCAAAGAAAGCUCCAGGAGGAGGUAUGAUGGAUCAAUUGGCAAUGUUCAAAAAGGCACAAGAACUUGCACAGAAGAAGAAUGAAAUUGACAAGCAACUCGCCGAGCAAGAUUUCUUUGGAGAAUCUGCCGAUGGCAAGGUCAAGGCAACUUUCAAAUUCGUCCCAGUCAAGAACCCAAUGGACCCCAACCCUGAUUACGAGGCACAAAAGUUCGAAUUCGAUGACGCGUGGUAUGAAAGUGCAUCACCAGAAGACGUUAGUGCUGCAGUCAAGGAAGCAAUUAUCAAUGGUAUCAACGAGACCAAUGACAGGGUUGCAGAAAAAUACCAAGCUCUACAAGGUGACUUGAUGGGUGCCAUGGGAGGAAUGGCAGGAGGAGCAGCUCCAGGAACUCCAGAGCAAUAG